AAAUAAAUAAAUAAAUAAAUAAAUAAAUAAAUAAAUAAAUAAAUAAAUAAAGUGUUAUAGCUUCUUAGCAUGCCAGACUAUAAGAAUCCUAGAAGCUAAAUACUAUUAUUACCCAUAUUUUACAAGUCAGGAAACAGAGAUACAUAAGUUGCCCAAGACUGCAGAUAGUAAGUGGCAGACUAGAAUUCUAAUGCAGACAUUUUGGUUUCAAAAUCCAUGUUCUUAAUCACUAUGCUAUACUGCCUCCUAGGUCUAAGAUGUCCCUUCUAGGUCUUUCUAUAUUACUCUUUAUCUAUACAUAUAUUGUGAUAUUUUAAUUACCACCACAUUUUCUAGCCUGUGAGCUCCAUAAAUACAAGGAUUAUUGUUAUAUGCCAUUUCCUUACAUGUGUAUUUUAUAUAUAUGAAAAAAAUAAUGAUGUUACUAACUAUAAUUGACUGAACUCAAGUAUUUACAAGAGUUGAGGAGAGAAUAUAUUAGCAAUUAGUACAGACAUGGCCUGAAUAAAAUACCAUUUCUUCAGUUCAAGAAAUUUUUAUGGAUUCUUCAUGUCAAGCAUUCACAACAGUGGUAAUAAUUGUACUAAACAGACCUUAUUUGGAUCCCAAUUCAAACAAACCAACAAUUAAAAACAUUGUUGGAAAAAACUGGGGUAACAAAACACAGAUUGAGUAUUAAUUAUAUCCAGGAAUUAUUGCUAAAUGUGUUGAUUGUGAUAGUGGUAUGGUAGUUAUAUUUUUAAAGUCCUUAUCUAUUACAGAUACUUUAUGAAGUAUUUAGAAAUAAAAAUAUGAUGUCUGGGAUUUGCUUUAAAAUACUCCAGAUGUAUUCAUGAAUUACUUUUUCAAAGAUUAAAAAAAAAAAUUACUGAAAAAAGAUUCAUAGAGACACAUGGUGGCGCUGCAGGAUAAGAUGAAAACAGUGCAUGGACCACAUUGUGGGCUCCAUUAUUCAAGGGAACAGAGAACAUACAACCCUUUCGAAAGAGAGGCAUUAAGGAGCUUCACUUUCAGAGCUGCUGAAGGACUAUACACCCUCUGAGCAUCGGCUUCCAAAAUUAGGGCUAAACUUAAAUUUGUCCACAAAAGAGGCUGCUUGAAGGAACCAUGGAGAUCAAAGGAGCACUCACUCUGCGGAAAAGGCAAGUCCUGAUUCUCUUUGUUUUGCUGGGAUUUUCUGAGGCGGGUCCUGGAUCUGUGCGCUAUUCUGUGGUAGAGGAAACAGAAAUUGGAUCUUUCAUAGCCAAUCUGGCAAGAGAUCUGGGGCUUGGGGUGGAGGAGCUGUCCUCACGGGAGGCCAGGAUAGUUUCUGAUGAUAAUGAAAAGCAUUUACACCUCAAUUUGUUGACUGGAGAUUUGCUCCUAAAUGAGAAACUAGACCGAGAAGAGCUGUGUGGCUCCACCGAGCCCUGUGUGUUGCAUUUUCAGGUGUUAUUGCAAAACCCUUUAGAGUUUUUUCGGGCUGAGCUGCACAUCAAAGAUAUAAAUGAUCACUCCCCUACAUUCCUGGACAAGGAAAUACUUUUGAAAAUAUCAGAAAGUACCACUCUUGGAACAACAUUCCUAAUGGAGAGUGCCCAAGAUUUGGACAUAGGAAGCAACAGUCUCCAAAACUACACAAUUAGCCCCAAUUCUCAUUUCUACAUUAAAAUUCAAGACAGUGGUGAUGGAAAGAUAUACCCAGAACUGGUCCUGGACAGAAUGUUAGAUCACGAAGAGGAGCCUGAGCUCAGAUUAACACUUGUAGCACUGGAUGGUGGGUCCCCACCCAGGUCUGGAACAACUUUGGUUCUCAUCAAGGUCUUGGACAUAAAUGACAACUCCCCUGAGUUUUCUCAGAGGCUCUAUGAGGUACAGGUCCCGGAGGACACAGCCAUUGGCUCCUGGGUAAUUACCAUCUCUGCUAAGGACUUGGAUGCAGGAAAUUAUGGGAAAAUAUCUUACAUAUUUUUACAUGCAUCUGAAGACAUUCGUAAAACAUUUGAAAUCAACCCAACAUCUGGUGAAGUUCGUUUGAUAUCUAGCUUGGAUUUUGAAGUAAUACAGUCCUACACUAUAAAUGUUCAGGCAACAGAUGGUGGGGGUCUUUCAGAAAAAUGCACUCUUCUGAUUACAGUAAUGGAUAUCAACGAUAAUGCACCAGAAGUGACCAUGUCAUCAAUUACAAACAGAGUACCAGAAAACGCGCCACAGACCCUUGUCGCUGUUUUCAGUAUUCGAGACCAAGACUCUGGGGACAAUGGAAGGAUGGUUUGCUCAAUUCAAGACGAUCUCCCUUUUAUCCUGAAACCAACGUUCAAGAAUUUCUUCACUUUGGUCACCGAAAAACCACUGGACAGAGAGAGCAGAGACGAGUACAACGUCACCAUCACCGUCACCGACAUGGGGACCCCCAGGCUGACAACCCAGCACCACAUAACCGUGCUGGUCUCCGACGUCAACGACAACGCCCCCGCCUUCACCCAAACCUCCUACACCCUCUUCGUCCCCGAGAACAACAGCCCCGCCCUGCACAUCGGCAGCGUCAGCGCCACCGACGCCGACGCGGGCGCCAACGCCCAGCUCACCUACUCGCUGCUGCCGCCCCCGGACCCCGGCCUGCCGCUGGCCUCGCUGGUGUCGGUCAACGCCGACAACGGCCACCUGUUCGCCCUGCGGGCGCUGGACUACGAGGCCCUGCAGGCCUUCGAGUUCCGCGUGCGCGCCACCGACCGCGGGGCGCCGGCGCUGAGCGGCCAGGCGCUGGUGCGCGUGCGCGUGCUGGACGCCAACGACAACGCGCCCUUCGUGCUGUACCCGCCGCAGAACGGCUCUGCGCCCUGCACCGAGCUGGUGCCCAGGGCGGCCGAGCCCGGCUACCUGGUGGGCAAGGUGGUGGCGGUGGACGGCGACUCGGGCCAGAACGCCUGGCUGUCCUACCAGCUGCUCAGGGCCACGGAGCCCGGGCUGUUCGGCGUGUGGGCGCACAACGGCGAGGUGCGCACGGCGCGGCCGCUGAGCGAGCGCGACGCGCCCCGCCAGCGGCUGCUGGUGCUGGUCAAGGACAACGGCGAGCCGCCGCUGUCGGCCAGCGUCACGCUGCACGUGCUGCUGGUGGACGGCUUCUCGCAGCCCUACCUGCCCGCGCGCGACGCGGCGGCCGACGCGGCCCCGGCCGACCCGCUCACCGUCUACCUGGUGGUCGCGCUGGCGGCCGUGUCGUCGCUCUUCCUGUUCUCGCUGCUGGCGCUCGUGGCGGUGCGGCUGUGCCGGCGGAGCGGGGCCGCCUGGGCGGGGGGCUGCGCGGCGCCCGGGGGCCGCUUUCCGGGCCCCCUGGUGGAUGUCAGCGGCGCGGGGACCCUGUCCCAGAGCUACCCGUACGAGGUGUGUCUGACGGGAGGUACUGGGACAGAUGAGUUUAAAUUUCUAAAGCCGAUCAUUCCCAGUCUUCCAGUCCUCGACACUAGUAGGAAUGCAGAGGAAAAUGAGAACUUUAGGAAUAGCUUUGGAUUCGGUAUCCAAUAAAAAGUUAUUUUAAACACUUCAUCUUUCCUUACCCUUGGCAACCUGGGGAUACGUUGCUGACUUGUAGUGGAUUUGGGUUGUACAGUAGUUGCAUGCAUUAUUCCUCAUGCUCUUGCAGUUGCGUUUAAAAAUCUUUAUUAAUGGCUAUAAAUAAAUAGAAACAUAAUUUGUGUGUGUGUAUAUUGGCUCUUGCCUGGUUGCUCAGAUGGUUAGAGCGUCAUCCUGAUACAAGUUUAUAGGUUUGGUUCCCUGUCAGGCACAUACAAGACUCACCCAAUGAUGCAUAAGUAAGUGGAACAGCCCUGGCUGGUUUGGUU